AGCCAAGGUGCCCAAUUUACCACAAUAUCACCAGUACAUGAAGUAACUAGGGCAGAAUUACAACUAGCUCAUACUGAACAAUUUAUCAGCGACAUUCAUUACAAAUCAAGCAUGAUAGCUCAAGCUGCCGAAAUGUACAUGCUACGCUUUGUGCCAAGCUCAUUUCUACAGUCAGCUCUGGUGACACCAUUUAAAUGGCACACAUCGGGCACUGUAUUGGCAGCGCAUAUGGCGUUGAAGUACGGGUGGGCUAUAAACCUGGGCGGGGGUUUCCAUCACGCCUCCAGUGCACGGGCACAGGGAUUUUGUUUUUUUGCCGAUAUCACCAUGGCCAUUCAAUAUUUGUGGAAGUAUGUGGAUGAGGAUCUUAAUUUUAUGAUAAUAGACUUAGACGCUCACCAAGGGAAUGGUUAUGAGCUAGAUAAAUUUAUAAUGUCAUUACGUCAAAAGAAAAAGGUGUAUGUCUUAGAUGCUUAUAAUAAGGAUAUUUAUCCCAUGGACGAAAUGGCUCAAAACUUUAUUAAUACCAAGGUGGAAUUAUUGCCAAAUACGAGUGAUGAUGAAUAUCUCAAACAAAUAAAUGAAUCAAUUGGUAAAGCAUUAAAAGAAUUUUCUCCAAGCUUAAUUAUAUAUAAUGCGGGGUCAGAUAUAUUAAAUGGUGACCCAUUGGGUGGUCUUAAUAUAACUGAGCAAGGACUUUUUGAAAGGGAUCGAGUAGUGUUUAAUUUUGCAAAAAAUUAUGGUAUACCUAUUGUUAUGUUAACA